UAGCAGGACGACGAAACGAUCGACGCUAUCUGUCUCACUCACUCGUUUCCCGCGUGAGAUGCGCUCUCUCCUUCUCCCCGCGCGCCCGAUCGGCGCUCUCGACCAAUAGGCGGCCAUCUUCUGCUCCCCCGAGAGCAGAGCGACAGUGCGUACUCUCAUCACAAUCACAAGGAGACAACAUCUCGCCGCGCGAGGUUGUCGUUCCCGCGGAAGAUGAAAAAUAGAUAAAGCGCGAGCGGCCGAUAUUUUAUUAAGUGCCUUAGAACUAUUUAGUGAUAUUUACGACUGUAAAUCUGUGCUCAAAAAAUAUUUAUCCGUGAUUUGUGAGAGACUGGAGGCCGGUUUGCACGAACUUUGGACUUUCGGUUACAAUUAUUCAAUUGUCGCCUGAUAGCGUUAAAAUCAUCCACGAUUGGGCGCCGGCGCGGUCGACCGUCGCGGGUCAUGCAGGGAGCCGCGAGCGCGCCCGCGCCACCUGCGGCCGAGCCACCCUCAGCACAACAAAUCGAAACAGAAGUCAUCAUCGAAGCCAAAGUAGAAUCCAAAGAUCAGGACGAAGAGAUGAAGAAGGAUAACGAAAUGAGGCCCGUCCGAACCAAUAGCAUCGACAGCGACAAUCGCUCGGACAGGAGCGACGAUGACGAAUGCAGGAAGAACCGCAAGAGGGCGGCGUCCGCAUCCCCCACGCCCAUGCCUCUGGAUAAGAGAACCGCUCUCCUAGAAUGUACCAAAUGUGUCCAAAGAUUCGACUCUAGAAACGCCUUCGAGUUGCACAAGCUCACCUACCACAGAGAAGAUGCUCGGACUAUAUUCAAUGAUCUCUCGUAUCCGACCUUCCCCAACAAGAAGUAUCCCGACAUAUCGCGAGGCGCAUACGAUCGCAACUCUCAUCUCGCUGAAGAUUAUUUACGCUGCGCGAAUUGUUCUGAAGAAUUUAAAUCUUUACAUGUUCUAGAAAGUCACCGAAAGACGUGCAUUAAAUUUAAUAGUUCCGAGCACGAGAGAAGAGAGGACUUCUUCUCUAAGCUAGAUCUCCGAAACAGAUCAUUCGGAAUUCCGGGAACUUUGACUCCGCCUAUGGAGAAAUUUCCCCCGAAAUAUGAUGAGCCUCAUCUUACUAAUGGCUUGAGGCAAAUCGAUGAUUUGGCAGACAUAUCGUCAAUUUUAAAUGUUACUGCCGCUAGCAGCCUUCUCGAAAGAUUAACAGGGCGAGGAUCCUUGCACAGCUCCGUUCUUACCCCGCCGGAUACUGUAGUGAAGGAGCGCGACCAGGAAGAAACUCAGGACAAUUUUGCGGCGGAAUUUAGACGAAUGAAACUGCGUGGAGAGUUUCCGUGUCGCCUUUGUCCAGCUAAGUUUCCCAAUCUCAGGGCUUUGAAAGGCCAUAACAGAGUUCAUUUAAGCGGUACUGGCCCGGGACCAUACCAAUGUAACAUGUGCCCACAAUCCUCAUUAGACAAAGCUGCUCUCGUUCGUCAUAUGAGAACUCACAAUGGUGACAGGCCGUAUGAAUGCGCCGUAUGCAAUUACGCUUUCACUACCAAAGCUAAUUGUGAACGCCAUUUACGCAACCGGCAUGCUAAGGUAACAAGGGAAGACGUGAAAAGGUCUAUAAUAUAUCACCCAUCUGAAGAUCCUAACAAUGACGAAAUGAACUCCAAAGUAGCUAGAGAUGAAUUCAAAAGAUCAUUGCCAUUCCAUACUCCAGAUUCAGAACGAUCCAUGGAACAUACUGGAAGGAGUACUCCAUUGGGGCACUAUACACAACCAUUUGUCCCUGAGAGACAGCACCCUAUUUUGUCCUUGACUAAACCCAAAGGUUUGCCCGAGACGCCUACACUGCCACCCAAAGAAAACGAAACCCUAAUGCCUAAGAUUAACGUUGUGAAUUUGGGCAAGUUAACUCAAAUACCGGAGUACCGGACGCCUGAAAUACCAUAUAAAGAUAAUGAACCGGCACCCGUAGAGUCAUAUAAUGAUGAUGCUCCUGUCGAUUUAAGUACAAAUGACAAUAGCUGUGAUGUGCUUGACCUAAGCAAGAAAAAACGAGAUGUUGAUGAUGAACAACCUAAAGCUUUACCCCGAGCUCCAUUUGAAAGCUCGCCUUCAACUGCAGCAACAGUGGCCGCAUCGGCUAUUGAGAAAACGAGAUUUCUUCUUGCUCAACAAAGGUUAUUUGAAAACUCGAUGCCCAAACUUGAUACCGCUUAUUACGCAUCCCAGUUAUCUCAACUGUAUGCAAGCGCCGUACCAGGUUUACCUAGCUUGCCUCUGCCUCCUUCUUUUCCUCUCAACCCGUACUUUCUACAGCCGUCGUUUUUUCCUCACCCCUCUGAUACACAAGAACUUGCAGAAAUGAAGCAGCACAUACAGAAAGUUAUAUUUCGGGGCCUCAGUAUGUCCGGUGGUGGAUUAGUAACAAAUGAAACCUUACCACAACCAAAACAAGAACAGGAGGAUGAAGACCAGAAACCUAUACACAUAGAUACAUCAUCUACCCCACCUCCAGCUUCGGAAUCGCCUCGCCCGCUAAGUAAUAGCAUGGUUACACAAAAUGAUUCCGUAAAAAUGGUGAUUAAGAAUGGCAUUCUUAUGCCUAAACAAAAGCAAAGGCGCUACCGUACAGAACGACCCUUCUCCUGCUCUCAGUGCUCGGCAAGAUUCACAUUACGUUCAAAUAUGGAGAGGCACGUUAAACAACAACAUCCGCAGCAUUGGAGCAUCAGAAGACCAACACCACGAGCGCCUCCUCCAUAUCCACAAGACACCAUCACAGAUCGCGUUAAAUACGCUUUACUGGCUGGACAACUGGAACGACCUUUGCAAAAUGAUCGCUCCCCACCCAGGAGAGAUUCCGAUGAAGUCGCUGAUAACGAGGAAGAUGAAGACGAUACUUUGAUUAUUGAUGAAGAACCAGAAGACGGAAAACCCGAGGACCACUCAGCGGCCCGACAGGCCGCCGCCGAAAUUCUAUUGGCUACGAGUCGCCUCGAGAUGAACAAAGAUUUUGAUCUUAAAAUUACUGGAAAUCUGAUCAACAAACCGGUCCCUAUUCCUAACGAAAAAGCUGAUGGUAUCCCAGACUCAUUGAAUAAAGAAGACGUAAUUCCCGUGGUGCCCACCCGCAGCGAUGAGGAAGAAGAUGAAGAAGGUCUUGUAGCAUCGACGAGUGAGGGAAAUAACUCCGGAAGCGACGAAAACAAAUCUGAAUCGGACACGGGAAAUCAGCCACCAAAGAAAAAGUCAGCAUACAGCCUCGCGCCGAAUCGUGUGUCUUGUCCCUAUUGUCACCGCAAAUUCCCAUGGUCCUCGUCUUUACGACGACAUGUUCUUACUCACACCGGCCAAAAACCUUUCAAAUGCCCCCACUGUCCCCUACUUUUCACCACUAAAUCCAAUUGCGACCGCCAUCUACUGCGAAAGCACGGCGGAUCUGCAAAAGCUAUACUAGCAGACCCUGUCAGCAUGUCCCCUCCGCAAGGCAACGAUAACCGAUCGGUGCCGGAGCGACCGUUCAAGUGCGCUUCGUGCCCGACGAGCACAUUCUCAUCGAUGGAAACCUUAAAAAAACACAUGUCCUCUCGCCACGGUACAGGCGAAUCUCAGCCGGGCUCGCCCAACCCCGAAACGGAGGAGGCCGACGGCAGCUUAGUCUUCAAAUGUCACCUUUGCGAGGCAUCGUUCGGAGACAGGACUGGCGCUCUCGAGCAUCUAGCCACCUCCCACGCUACGGAAUACGGGCAACUCGUCAGCAAAGGCGCCCUCGAUGCGGCCAGUGAUCGCAGCGAAAGUGCAGAUGACGAUGAAAGAGGGAAAUUCCCGGAUCACGCCAAUAGAAAGGUUGUGUGCGCAUUUUGCAUCCGUCGUUUCUGGUCAGCGGAGGACUUGCGUCGCCACAUGCGGACCCACAGCGGCGAGAGGCCGUUCGCCUGUGACCUCUGCCGGCGGCGCUUCACCCUCAAACACAGCAUGCUGCGCCAUCGCAAGAAGCACCGCGAAGAAGCCACAGACGACGAGGAGGCCUCGUCACCUAUCAUCGCACACGAGGAUGGCGUAGUGAAUGGGUUCUGCUAUCAGACCGAGGACGGGUCGGGGUCGGAGCUGCCGAGCAACGUCAACAACAACAACUCGCCGCCCGCCGCGCCCUACGACAAGAAGCUCAAACUGGACAUGACCUCGCGCAAAUACUCAACCGAGAACGAGAACGACACGGAAACCGGCGGCGACCUCAUCGGGAAACUCCUCGGCAUCCCCGACAAGACCAUCAUCAACAAGCUGCUGUCGUCCGCGGACGAGGCCGCCAAGUUCCUGGGAGUGAACAAAUGAGAGUACGCUCUGGUCCUCGUGACUCCGGCCCGACUCAUACUAGCGCCCGCGCCGCGAGGACUCAGCGCGCCCCGAGCGACGCACGUCGCCAACGGCGCGACGCCAUCUACCGACGAAUAGAUGUAACUUUAGAUGCAAUAAUUGUAAAUACUGCUUUUAGGUGCUUAUGAGAUGCCUUAGCGAAGCGUAACCGUCCUUAUCUGCCUUAUCGUAGGUGUUGUAUAUUAUAAUGGGUUUGAAGCAACGAAAUAUUAUUGUAGUGCCAGUUUAUUCGAGUACACUGUUUUUGGAUUUAUCGUUAUAAUAUUAAAGUGAUAGUCGUAACUUGUAAAGUACCUUACGAAUAUUUAUAGUAUAGAGAAGCUAUGAACCACGUUUGCAUUUCCCGUCUAGUCGCAUGUUCUUUCACUUUUAACUUUUACAUCGUUUCCAUUUCGAAGUUAUUAUAACAGCAGCCAAAAAUAAUCGUUUGCAAAUCCAAAUUUUUCUAGUCAAAUCUUUUUACUUUUAAAAUCGAUGGUAGUGUAGUAGUACUUAUCGGAUAGUUAAUUGCAGUCUAGUUUACCGAAUAUAGAAUAGUUAAACCUCAUAACAUAAUAUGCUACCAAUGAGUAAUUUUUAAGCGUUAGUUCUGUAACUGUAUUCUAAAAUAUAAGUAUUUUAAACAUAUUAUUGUAUUCUACUCUUACUUAUCUCUCUUUCGCUACUUAAAACUUU